AUGCAGUGGCCGCCACCGUGGCGACAGUGGCCGCGCGGGGGUAGGAACCGCGGGCGCGAGCCCACUUCCGGGACCGGCGAGAUAAUUCUGACACCCCGAUCGCGGGAGCGAAGCCGGGAGACCGUAGCGCAGAGGGGGCGGUGCAGGGGCGCAGCCGCGCUCACGCCGCGGAGAACCCGAGGGAGGCGGGCUGCCAGCCUCCUCCGCCUCCCCGGCCAGCCUCGCCCACUGCUGCCGCGGGCUCCGGCAGAAGGGCAAGGGCAGGAGCGCCCGGCUGUGGAAACGCCCCCUGCCAGCCUUUGCCGGCAAAACUACGGAGCGCCGCAGGAUCCAGCCGAGCCGGCCGGCCGGCUUCCGCUCCCCGGAGUUCCAAGAAACUAUGAUCCUACCUUACACCCUUUCGAAGUACCACGAGAAUACAUAAGAGCUUUAAAUGCUACCAAACUGGAACGGGUAUUUGCAAAACCAUUCCUUGCUUCCCUGGAUGGUCACCGUGAUGGAGUCAAUUGCUUGGCAAAACAUCCGAAGAGCCUGACUACCGUCCUUUCUGGGGCAUGUGAUGGAGAGGUUAGAAUUUGGAACCUGACUGAACGAAAAUGUUCUCGUGCAAUACAAGCGCAUGAAGGUUUUGUGCGAGGAAUGUGUACACGCUUUUGUGGAACUUCCUUUUUUACUGUUGGUGAUGACAAAACUGUGAAGCAAUGGAAAAUGGAUGGGCCAAGUUAUGGAGAAGAAGAAGAGCCAUUGCAUACAAUAUUAGGAAAGACAGUGUAUACCGGCAUUGAUCAUCACUGGAAAGAUCCUGUUUUUGCCACAUGUGGACAGCAAGUAGACAUUUGGGAUGAACAAAGAACCAAUCCUAUAUGUUCAAUGACCUGGGGAUUUGACAGUAUAAGUAGUGUUAAAUUUAACCCAAUUGAGACAUUUCUUUUGGGAAGUUGUGCUUCUGACCGGAAUAUAGUGCUAUAUGAUAUGAGGCAGGCUACUCCUCUGAAAAAGGUUAUCUUGGAUAUGAGGACAAAUACAAUUUGUUGGAACCCUAUGGAAGCUUUUAUUUUUACUGCAGCAAAUGAAGAUUACAACUUGUAUACUUUUGAUAUGCGUGUACUGGACACCCCUGUGAUGGUCCAUAUGGACCAUGUCUCUGCAGUGCUUGAUGUGGAUUACUCCCCCACUGGGAAAGAGUUUGUGUCUGCUAGUUUUGAUAAAUCUAUUAGAAUCUUUCCUGUGGACAAAAGUCGGAGCAGAGAAGUCUAUCACACAAAGAGAAUGCAGCAUGUUAUCUGUGUAAAAUGGACUUCUGACAGCAAGUAUAUCAUGUGUGGAUCUGAUGAAAUGAACAUUCGUCUGUGGAAAGCUAAUGCUUCUGAAAAGUUGGGUGUGCUUACAUCACGAGAAAAAGCAGCCAAUAAUUAUAACCAGAAGUUAAAGGAGAAAUUUCAACAUCAUCCUAGUAUAAAACGUAUAGCUCGUCAUCGACAUCUACCAAAAUCUAUCUACAGCCAGAUUCAGGAGCAACGCAUCAUGAAAGAAGCUCGUCGACGAAAGGAAGUGAAUCGCCGUAAGCAUAGCAAGCCUGGAUCAGUGCCAAUUGUGUCAGAGAGGAAGAAGCACGUAGUAGCAGUUGUGAAAUAAUAUUUGGUAUUCCUGCUAAUCCUGACAUGAAACUUUUUGUUACUUUUGACUUGAGAACUCUACAAAUAAAAGUACUGGUUCUGGUUUAACAGUAAA